AUAAUUGGCAACAUUGUUCCUCGUGCUGAAUGAGAAGGAAUAUCAGACUUUCAGCUUUUAUAUGUACAGUAAAUUAGUCUUUAUUUCCGACCUCAAACGCUGUUCCAGUGUUUAUUUUCAACUAGGAGGCGGAAGAAUUGCGAGUUGUCUGUAAAUCAGCAAAACUCCAGGAAACAAGUGAAAUCUGUGUGACACUGUUGUAAAGAUGUUUAUUAAAGAGGAGAGUGAAGAUAUGGAUUAUCCAGAAACAUGCAGGAUUAAAACAGAACACACUGAGGAACAAACAGAUUCGAGGGAAAUUAAAGAAGAAAAUCAAGAACCAAUAGAAUUGAAAGAGGAAAGUCAAGAACUGAAUGAACUGGAGGAGGAACAUCAGACUCAGAAUCCUCAUGUCAUUAUUGGAGAAAAUUAUUUUAGUUCCUCACAAAUCAGAACGCAAGCCAAAAAUUCCUUCACUUGCCUUCAAUGUGGAAAGAGUCUUACACGGAAAGGAAAUCUUAACAAACACAUGAGAAUUCACAAUGGAGAAAAGCAUUUCACAUGCCAUCAGAAAGAUGGCCGUCAAAAACACAUAAACAUUCACACUGGAGGGAAGCCUCCAUUCACAUGUCUUCAGUGUGGUAAUAGUUUCAAGUGUAAAGGAUCCCUUAAUGUGCACAUGAGAAUUCACUCUGGAGAGAAAGCUUUCACGUGCCCUCAGUAUGGAAAGACUUUCAUACGGAAAACAGAUCUCAACAGGCACUUGAAAGUUCACAUGGGAGAGAGGCCUUUUGCAUGCGUUCAGUGUAAAAAAAGUUAUGCAGACAAAUUUGGUCUUACAAGACACAUGCUAUUUCACACUGGACAGAAAUCUUUCACAUGCCUUCAGUGUGGUAAUAGUUUCAUGUCAAAAGGAUCCCUUAAUGUGCACAUGAAAAUGCACAAUGUAGAUAGCACUUACACAUGCCCUCAGUGUGGAAAGAGUUUCACACAAAAAGUGGGUCUUAAGAAUCACAUAAAAAUUCAUACUGCAGAGAAACCUUUCACUUGCCCUCAGUGUGGAAAGAGUUUCUUACGGAAAUCAAAUUUCAAUAGGCACAUGAAAGUUCACACUGGAGAGAAGCCUUUCACAUGCCAUCAGUGUGGAAAAAAUUAUGCAAACAAAGUAGACCUUAAAAGACACAUGCUAUUUCACACAGGUGAGAAGCCUUUCACAUGUCUUCAGUGUGGUAAUAGUUUCACGUCUAAAGUAAACCUUAAUGUGCACAUAAGAAUUCACACAGGAGAGAAGCCUUACACAUGUCUCCAGUGUGGUAAUAGUUUCACAUGUAAAGGAUCCCUUAAUGUGCACACGAGAAUUCACACUGGAGAGAAAGCUUUCAUGUGCCCUCAGUGUGGAAAAGGUUUUGCAAAGAAAGGAGGCCUUAAGGAUCACAUGAGAUAUCACACUGGAGAGAAGCCUUACACUUGUCAUCAGUGUGGAAAGAGUUUCAUGAAUAGAGGAAACCUGUAUACACACAUGAAAGGCCACACUGGAGAGAAGCCUUUCAUAUGCUUGCAGUGUGGGAAGAGUUUUACGCGUAAAGAAAGGCUUGACAUCCACAUGAGAAUUCACACUGGAGAGAAGCCUUACACAUGCCAUGAAUGUGGAAAGAGUUUCAGUCAGUCAAACAUCCUAAAACAACAUGAGAACAUGCAUACUGGAGAGAAGCCAUACCACUGCCCUUCAUGUGGGAAACGUUUCUACCAAUUAAGGUUUUUAAGAAGUCAUAGAAAAGGGCAUUGCCCAGAGUUGUUGUAGUGAGCAAACUGCAGGUAAUGGUAUAAAAAUCAGGAAAACUCAAAGAUUCUAAUAUGAUUUUGUCGAGAAGCAGGUGUGUGAUGACACAAACACGUUGGCACCCAGGGGGUUGUACAAAGUUUGCAAAAAACAUUCAGUUUUAUUAAAUAACCAUCAAUGAGUCAAAGUUCACACGUUGCAUAUUAUUAAAGCUUCUUUGACAAAACAUGUUCAAUCAUCUCUUUUCAUUAUCGUAUACCUUUAUCUCAAACGUUAUGCAGCAUUGUUUAUCAAUUGGGUUGCAAGGAGAUGUCUCUGUUGACAGUUGACCAAACACCUGCUAAGCUAAUGGGAGUGUUGCAGUUUUGUUUCCUAACACAUCAUCUUCUAAACAACUGGCAAUGAAAUCAAUUCUACUGAUUAGAUCAUUAGUGGAGUGCUCAAUGGUCUGAGCGCCACAUUUUGACAGCCAAAAUGUGUAGUGUUAGUGUACUCAAGGUUGAAACAUUAGCCUGAUUUCCAUCCACCUGUUUGCUGUUUUGAAGCACAAUUCUAAAGAUAAGACUAAAGAAAUGUGAAACAUGGUGUCCAUUCACAUCGUCAUGUGCAUUAUCUUGAGGGAGAAUUUGUCAUGAAGCAGCAGCUGAAUGACCUCCUUGCUUUAGGGAGAGUUGUAUUUGUGGUAUUGGAGCAAUAGUAUAAGGAGAUGCGGCAGAAUUAAUGUAAUGUCUCAUAUGAGGACAGAAAUGUUGCUAUGCCCAUACACUGACAGUUUCCGUACCUGGGAGCAUCCAUGCUCAAAACUGCUAAUAACCAGCUGUGGACAUGUUUUGAAAGAUUUAGAAAAAAAUUAUGCAUUGGAAGAAAUUUAAAAACACUUUGUUCUGUGUAUUUUGGACCAUGCAAAUUAGUCCCAUGAAGAAUAAGGGUGGGUCUUGUUGGGUUGGCACUUGGAAUGUCACUAACCAAUAACGACAGUAUACCCCAGGUGGGCACAUCUUGUUCUGACUGUCUGACUUGACUAUGAUAGAGAAAACAGCAUGACUACUUGCAGGUAAAACCUUCCAUAAAAGGUUCUUGUAGAGGCACUCUCUUCUGCAGAGGACUCCAGCAGUUUCUGGUUGACCCUCAAGACAUCUGCGGUUGCGCUCCACAUUCUGGAAAGGACCCUGCAUUCCUAAAGACAUCCAUUGCCUGACUUCACCGCUCUCUCUAUAUUGCACAAUCCAAGGAUCUUUUAGGCACCACCACUCCAUGGCCAUGACUGUUGGAAGACUUUCCAAGCUUUUCCAAAUAAAAGUAUUAUUAUUUCCCACUGCACACAACCUACGCACCCAGUGUAAGAUGUCUCCUGCCAUCACCCGACCAUGUGGAAAGUAAAUAUAAGCUUACCAAACCUCCUCCUAAAGAUCUUGGCAUGUAGUUGUAACAAUUUGAUUGCUUAACUUGUUUAGAGAUUGUGUAUCAGGGGUCAGUUAAUAACACAUAAUAAUCAAUAUCUGAUUUACUAAUAAUUUCCUAUUAUUAUCAUUGAACAGAGAAACCAUAGAUUAUCUUUUUUUAAGACAGCCUACAUAGUUCUCUUUCACUGAUUCGCCUAAUCGCACCACUUUUAAUCAUCUGCUUUGCAUCCAUUUCAUUGACACUUUUAAUUAAAUUUUAUUAGUAGAUUUGUCUGGUUGUUUGAAUUUGUAAUAUUAGUAAUUUUUCGUAUUUAGUAGAUGUGAUAAUAUCUCUUGGUUAAUGUAAUUCAAUUUUGUUUAUAACUGUGUCUUCCUUGUGUUUGGUAAUCAUAGACUCUACAAAUUGUCCAGAAUCUCUCAAAAUUCUUCAGAUUAAUCAGAUGACCAACUCCCUCCAAUUUACAUUGUUUGCAACUCAAUGAACGAUACGCUUGGAUCUAUCUUAUGCUGUUAAGGUGAAAUUCCUAAGAUGGUCACCACAGAUAAGUGGUGGAAGGGGUCAUCUGACACUAACAUAUUUGGUACCCUGUGUGAAGAUCACUAGACCAGCAAUCACUAGACUUCUUUAUCUGUUUUUGUCAAAGUCGGACUUACAGACCUAGUAACCUAUGUAAUUGUGCUGUAUUUUUGUUUUGUUGAGCAUGUACUCAUCUUAAUUGGACCACAAUACAUGUACAAGUGUGUUUAACCUGGCUUAAUUUGACAUCCUUCAUAUAUUUGAUUACACAUUGAUGUCAUGUAUAUUUGGACAAACUUACAGACUGUAACUGGACUACGAAAAAACCUGUUGUAGCUCAGUUAUAACUGUGCAUGUACUUACUGUGUUCAGAAUGAACAAAUCACAUUCAAACUCUAUAAAAUGUUAUGA